UCUGUUUUGUCUCCCUCCCCUAACAUUUUUCCGCCGUCUAUCUCUGCAACCGUCUAAAAAAACAAAACACACUCUGAAUAUUUCCGAGAAAUGCGGCCAAAAAUGAAAGGCAAAGCAUGGGUCUGCCCAUGGUGAACCAUCAUCAUGAUACAUCACGCCUAUAUCCCAUACCUCAUCAGGAUAGCAUUAUGUUAUGGCCCUGACGCUGACAUAGUAGCGCCUAAGAACGCGAAUCGAGGAACCGUCGGCUGCGUAUAAAUAUGGCGACGGCUUCUCUGUUUCAAGCUGGUUGUUGUGGCGCUUAUACGCCAAGAUUUAGUAAUAGAUUCAAUUCUAGCUCCAAAAAUGGAGGUUAUGGUGCUGUAGGUCCGUCUUCUUCUUCGUCUUCGUGCUCGUGUUCAUCAUCAUCAUCAUCAUCGUCAUCAUCAUCUUCUUCUUCUUCUUCUUCUCAGAGUUUGAAUUUCUCUUCUGGUAAUGGGAUAAAUUAUAGUUGGAAGCAUCAAGGCUUUAGAGCUAUGAGUAUCACCACUCAGGGAAGCUUUGGAUCAUCCAAGAACAUUGCAAAUGGAAAAAAUGAGCCCGAUCAUCUUCUUGUUCUUGUUCAUGGAAUUUUGGCUAGCCCCAGUGAUUGGACAUAUGUGGAGGCAGAGUUGAAAAGGCGCCUUGGGAGAAACUUCUUGAUAUAUGCAAGUUCAUGUAACACCUAUACUAAAACCUUUGCUGGGAUUGAUGGAGCUGGAAAGAGAUUGGCAGAUGAAGUUAUGCAAGUUGUAAAGAGAACUGAGAGUCUCAAAAGGAUUUCAUUUUUAGCCCAUUCUCUGGGGGGCUUGUUUGCGAGAUAUGCCACUGCUGUUCUUUACUCACCAAACAACUCAAGUGGAACUCAAUCUGAUGGUGUUGCUGAUUCUAUUGGAAAUUCGGAAAUGUCAUCCCCUUCCAGACGAGGUACGAUUGCUGGGCUGGAGCCAAUCAACUUUAUUACCUUGGCAACUCCUCAUCUUGGGGUGAGAGGGAGAAAGCAGCUUCCAUUUCUUUUUGGAGUUCCCUUUUUGGAGAAACUUGCCCCAUCUCUUGCUGCUCUUUUUGUUGGUCGCACUGGUAGUCAAUUAUUUCUCACUGAUGGUAAACCUAACAAACCGCCACUGUUGUUGAGAAUGGCAUCUGAUUCUGAAGAUGGAAAAUUUUUAUCUGCUCUUGGUGCAUUUAGAUGCCGCAUUGUCUAUGCAAAUGUAUCUUACGAUCAUAUGGUUGGUUGGCGCACCUCCUCCAUCAGAAGAGAGACAGAACUUGUUAAGCCUCCACACCGAUCUCUGGAUGGUUACAAGCAUGUUGUGGAUGUGGAAUACUGCUCACCAGUUUCUUCUGAUGGCCCCCAUUUUCCUCCAGAAGCAGUCAAAGCAAAGGAGGCAGCACAAAAUGCACCUAACACACGGAACGCUAUAGAAUAUCAUGAACUCAUGGAAGAGGAAAUGAUUCGAGGCUUACAGAAGUUAGGAUGGAAAAAAGUGGAUGUCAGCUUCCAUUCGGCAUUAUGGCCCUUCUUUGCUCAUAACAAUAUACAUGUGAAAACUGAGUGGCUUCACAAAUCUGGUACUGGAGUAGUUGCUCAUGUUGCAGACAGCCUAAAGCAACAGGAGUCAUCUUCUCCAUAUAUUUCUGCUAGCUUGUAGCCACAAAUUGAAUGUAAGCACGAGAUGCCCGAAUCAGUUGUAAAAUUAAUGUUAUAUAUACUGACUUUCUUUUUGGCAAAUCUUUUAUCUAUAUGCAAGAUCAAAUGAAUAAAUUGCAAUAUCUAUUGCAAUUUAUUGUUAGACCCAAGGGCAAAGUGACACUGUGCUGGCUGCUGGGAUGAAAUGCUCUUUUCUUUUGGUAAUCAUGGUACAAUCUUAGAGAAGAGUAAUUAUGAUUGAUGCUUUUUCCGUAAUAGGAUUUAUAAAUCAAUUUGCAUAGCCCCUAUUGUCAAGAAGU